AAAAUCACGAAGAUAUUUUUUUUUCAUGCGCAAUGUUUGAGUGACAGGCGAUCGGUAGGGUGCCCUUUACGUCACAAACUGGUCGCUGUUAUUGAAUCUGUAAGAGAAUUAAUGGCCGCCAAGCGAAGGGGAUGGCUUUAGCCACCAAAUCAACCAUUUUCUGGGCUUUUUGCAUAGGAAUAUGUCUUCUAAUAGAAGUUUCUCAAGCAAUAAGAUGCAAAUGUAGUGAACAUAGCUGUCCUGGGGACAGAAUCAAUGAUACUUGUACCACAACAGGAAAGUGCUACAAGAAGAUAGCGGAGGAAGAAGGCUAUGAGCUCAUCACCUAUGGGUGUCUGCCGCCAGAAGAGCAGACAGAUAUGCAGUGCAAUACACCUGCCAGUGCGCAUAGGAAUAAGAUCUCUGUGCUUUGCUGUAACAACAGAGACCUGUGCAACUUUGAGCUUGAUCCAACAUUCCCUCCCCCGACAUCACCAACUAUAGAUGUGCGUGCUAGAGUUGAUGAUGAGAGUUCUGGUUCCAAGAAGUUCUUUAUUCUUUUUGUAACAGCUGGUGUGUGCACAGUGGUUCUUGUGAUUGUCUUGGUCAUACUUUACAUAAGGUUCAGAGAUGUGAGGAGACGACUACCCCUAUCUUAUGAUCUGGAGAGGCGCAUUAACUUUAUAAGCUCUGGGGAAACCCUUAAGGAUUAUUUUGAUCAGAGCUCCGCUAGUGGAUCUGGAUUGCCACUUCUGGUUCAGCGCACUAUAGCCAAGCAAGUGACUUUAGUUCAAAGUGUUGGAAAGGGUCGUUAUGGAGAGGUGUGGAAGGCAAGAUGGCAUGGGGAGGAUGUCGCAGUUAAGAUCUUCCUCUCCCAUUGUGAAAAAUCCUGGAUGCGAGAGACAGAAAUAUAUCAAACAGUUCUUCUUCGACAUGAAAGUAUCUUAGGGUUUAUAGCAUCGGACAUUAUUGGAAGUGGCCAAGUCACUCAAAUGUACUUAAUCAUGGACUACCAUCCCUUGGGAUCUCUUUAUGACUUCUUGCGAGGGCACCAGUUGAACAAAAAGAUCACUGGCAAGCUGGCGUUCUCGGCAGCAGCCGGCAUUGCGCAUCUGCAUGCUGAGAUUCUUGGUACUCAGGGGAAACCCAUGAUUGCACAUAGAGACAUUAAAAGCAAGAAUAUUCUUGUAAAGGAAAAUCUUACGUGCUGUAUAGCUGAUUUUGGACUUGCUGUCAAGUAUAUUCCUGAGACAAAGGGUAUUGAUCUAAAUAAGGACACUAACAGAGUGGGAACAAAGAGAUACAUGAGCCCUGAGGUGCUUAGCCAGACUAUGGACCCUGAGAGUUUUUCAGCCUAUAAGAUGGCAGAUAUGUACUCAUUUGCACUGGUCCUGUGGGAGAUAUCACGGAGGUGUAUAUCUGAUGAAACAGGGCUGUGUGAAGAGUAUGAAGUGCCAUACUUUGAUGCUGUCUCCAAUGACCCUACCUUUGAGGAAAUGAAACGGGUGGUGGUACUCGAGAGGAGGCGGCCUAAUAUCCCUAACCGCUGGUUCAGGGAUGAGAUGCUGCGAACUAUGGGCAAGCUGAUGGCUGAAUGCUGGUCACAGCAGCCAGCUGCGAGGCUGACAGCACUGCGAGUAAAGAAGUCGCUGAGUAAGCUUGUCUCUGCCAUAAAUAGCCACGAAGUUAUCCCUGCAGCUGCAAUGUCCCCUGACUGAAUGGAUGGAGGUUAAAGGGAUGGCUUUCACCACACUGAGCGUCAAGUCCCUAAUGCCAGGGAUGGAAAUGAGGCCUGAGACCUUUCACGACAGUCGCAACCAGAAGACCAAAAUCUGGCUUUAUAUAACAGUCGCAAAGUAUUCAUUCUGGGAAGGCUUCAUGUCUGCCUGAAAUCAGUUAUAUGAUUGCAACUUGUAGCUCUGUAAAAGACUUGUACUUACCAUUUUGGAGUCUGCAUCUUUUCGUUGAUUGUCGCUAUCGCCUCACAUUGACGCAGUAUCAGCUGCCAAGAGACUUGUCAAGUUUCAUGUGUUCGCUCUAUUAUAGGCGUUAAAAACACAAGGAAGGAAGCCUAAAUGUUAGUUUAAAACAAUGUGAUAACUCCCCCAAUUGUCCCUGUAAUUUGAGAUUUACCUUUCGUCCGACAGAUACAUUGUUAUCAUAAGAUGUUCUGUUAAGUCAUGACUUAAAACCUGUAUUAAACGCUUUAGUCAUAUUAUCAAUGUAAUUAUCUGUUCAUCUUGGUUUGAGGGAAUCAAUUGCACCUCCUGUUCUGUUAGGUACACCCCCUACUUUUUGUAAUUGUGAACAGUAAUUUCGAAUGAUCCUGAUGUUUAAAGAUUUCUCUUUUGUUCUCCUUAGUAGCUAUUUCAUAGUCGUGUAAAGUCAAUUAUUAUUUUUCUAUUUGAAAUAUUACCAAAAAUAAACAAUGCUAAAAAGUUAAAAUCAAGAUAGGGUUAAGAAAUGGUAUUAUAACACUUGUAAAUAGUGUACAUUAUACAUUUAUACAUUAUUCUGUGAAGUACUAUUUUGUUCAGAUUAAAGACAAACGCCUAUCGAUUUGUUAUUUUCUACCCAUGUUGAACUUGUAAGCAUGGCUUGAAACCGUUUUUUUAGAAAGAAAAAAAGGAAAGAAAAUAUAACAUACAUUGUACAUUUGCUUACCCUAUGAUGUAUGAAUAAAUUCUUUACAAAAUUU